GGACAAGGGUUCUACAUAGCGCACGUUCCAGGCAGAACUGAACAGACACUGUAUAGAGUGUUAUAAGCUAUCCACUAUCAUGGGUGUGUCUUUGGAGAGGGUGCAGUUCAGAUUUGCCUCCAUCAUCGGAGAGCUCUGCAGCCAACCAGAUGUUCUCUCGCAGUUCGCAGUGUGGUUAGACCUCAGGCUGGCAGAGUACAAGUUAAAAGGAGCUAUAUCACUAGAUUGCUCUGGGGAAGAACCAGAUCCAAUAUGGCUGAAGGGAUUAAGCAAACAGAAGGCCCCAUCCAGAGUGAACAGUCAGACUGACAGACGGACACAAAGCCAUAGCCCGGCUGCUUACAGAAGCCCAUCAUUACACAGACCAGCUCACUCAUCUUCAGAUUCAGACAUUCCCCACUCACAAUCUCACUCUGUGCCCAGCGGAGAGCUGGCUGAGCGACUUUCACCUGAUGUUGUUGUUGUUAAAGAGGAACCCGAUGUUUAUCCAGUUAGCUUGCACCCACAUGAAAAUCGCAAGCGUUCAGCCACGGACAGUGUAUCUGUUGACUUCAGAGAUGGACCAAAACAGAGACGAAUGUCAACCACUGAAUCGCCUUCCCAUCAAAGUCUCAUGUCAGUCAUUGGUGGAUUUGAAAAUGAGGUUGAUGAAACUUAUAACAGUGGAGAUAACUCUGGUGUGAGUAGUGAAAUGCCUGACAGAACGAUUGACAUGCCAGUUGAACUGUCUGAUCUUAUGCAGUCAUCGUCGGAAGUUACAGCAGCUACGACUGCCCAGCCAGGGACAGAUACAUUAACAGAUGCUGAUGGAAGUGGAAAUGUGACUGGGGGUGUAGUGACAAAUGAGUUAAUCCCAACAGCUUAUAGUCAGCACGAACUCCGGAAAAUGCGGAUCAAGAACAGAGACAGCAUCCCCAGGAAGUCAAUUACCAAUAUGGUGAGUGCAGUGACAACUUUUGAGCGCUGGCUCUGGUCUCAACCUUACCAUGACAACAGAACCAUCACCGACAUCCCGCCCGCUCAGUUGGACUCGUAUCUCGCAGAGUUCUUCACAACUGUGUCUAAAGAGUCUGGGGAAAACUAUCGUUACGGUACCUUCGCCUCUAUGCGGUAUCACAUGGAGCGAUACCUAAAGGAAACCGGAUAUCCUGUGUCUCUUAUGUCGCCAAUUUUCAGUAAUAGUUGUAAAGCGCACCAGGACAGAGUUGCCAGGCUUUUGGCGGAGCAGAAUCCAACACUGGAUGACCUGGACAGAGGAUAGUCUGCCAGACACGACCGGAAGUGUUUAACUGGUAAACUGGACGUAGUAUUAACUCGCUUUUCAAAGUCUUAGCACUUAGGUAUGGUCAUUCGAGAAAUAAAAGAAGCCAGCAAGAGUUAGCAAGAACUCA